UAACAAAUGUGUUGUAAUUUUUAAUUGCUGCUUUUAGUACAACGUUUAUUUAUUAUUAAUUGGGUUCAUCCAAUCACUCCUUUUUAAUUUUACACCUUUAUUCGUUUCUAAUUUUGGGGACAGAUGCCACUGUUCAAUAAUUGAAUAAGGAAACACCAAUUCUAUAUAAAUGAGGUGAUAACAGAAUUAUAUAAUUAGCAUAUAAUCUCUUCCUGUGAUAAUCGAAGUUAGUUCGAGUUCCCAGCCUUUGAGGUCAAGUCUAUAACAGAUUGAAAUUGAUUUGUGCAGCUGUAGAAUAACUUUUGAAGAUGGCUUGUGAAAAAAAUUUGAGGGAGAACAUGCUGCUUGGCAUGGGUAACCCAUUACUCGACAUAUCAGCAGUAGUGGAAGAGAAUUUGCUGAAAAAGUACGAACUGAAAGAAAACGAGGCUAUUUUGGCAACUGACAAACAUACAACGCUCUACACAACUCUGGUGGAUAAGUACGAUGUGGAGUACAUUGCAGGAGGUAGCGUUCAGAAUGCUUUACGUGUAUGUCAAUGGCUGCUAGGUACACCCAACACUGUCACCUUCUUUGGUUGCGUGGGGGAAGACGAAUUUUCCAAAAUUUUGAAGGACCAAGCACAAAAAGCUGGGGUACAAGUGAACUAUCAAUAUACAAGCACAGAACCGACAGGCACCUGUGCAGUUUUAGUAACCAACCAACACAGGACAUUGUGCGCAAAUUUGGCUGCAGCAAACUGUUUUACCAUAGACCACAUCAAGAAACCUGAAAAUAAAAAAUUCAUAGAGACAGCUGCAUUUUAUUAUGUUUCGGGUUUCUUCUUGACUGUUAGUCCACCCACGAUUCUGGAAGUGGCUAAAUAUGCUAAUGAAAACAAGAGGCCCUUCAUCAUGAAUUUGAGUGCAGAGUUUAUUUGCAAAUUUUACAAGGAACCAUUUAUGCAAGUGAUGCCCUAUGUUGAUAUACUUUUUGGAAACGAAGCAGAAGCCCUGGCUUUCUCUGAGAACACUGAUUUUGCGAACAAAAGCAUUAAAGAGAUUGCCUUAGGCAUUUCUAAACUUCCGAAGGAGGACAAAACUGAAGAGAGGAUCGUAAUAAUAACUCAGGGUACCUUGCCUGUUAUUUUGGUUCACAAAGGAGAAAUUAAAGAGUUUCCUGUUAUCUCUUUACCUAAAGAAUCCAUCAUCGACACUAAUGGAGCCGGAGAUGCAUUUGUGGGCGGUUUUUUGUCCCAAUAUAUUCAGGGGAAGAGCCUUGAAGUCUGUAUUAAGUGCGGCAUCUGGGCAGCUACAGAGAUUAUUCAGAGAUCUGGCUGUACUUUCGCAGGCAAACCUUGCUUUGUCGAGAACUGAUAAUAAAAUUUUAAAAUGA